AUGCAUUUCCUAUCAUUUUAUUUAUCAAUCCAUGUAUCUGAUACCAACUACGAGCAUCUCUUCCGGUCAUUAGCGCACCAGUCACGUCUUUUUCCAUUGCGCAGCUCGGACGUGAAGCUUCUGUCUACUCCUACCGAGUUUUACCAGCAAUUACUGCAUAAUAUUCAACAUGCAGAGCAUCACGUGUCGAUUGCAUCGUUAUAUUUAGGUACAGGCGACUUGGAGCGCUCUCUAGUAGACGCAUUAGCCACGAGACUACGAGAACGACCAGAGCUUCAAGUGCAGAUCGUUUUGGACUAUUCCCGAGGUCAACGCGUUGGCGUCAUGGCGAGUUCUAUCACGAUAUUGGCUUCAUUGCUACGAGAGUUUCCAGCCAAUGUCACACUCUUUUUAUUUCGAGUCCCACAGCUUUCAGGGUUCAAGACAAAACUACCUUCUCCAUUCAAUGAAACACUGGGUGUUUUCCAUGCAAAAGUAUACUUAGUAGACGACAUGCUCGUACUCAGUGGUGCAAACUUGAGUGCAGACUAUUUUACAAGCCGACAGGAUCGCUACGUACAAUUGACAAACUGUGGUGGACUUGCACAAUUUUACCACCAGUUUGUAGAGUUGGUGACAGGAUUUUCCUACAAGGUGACACUGGAAUCGUUCACAGGACGAGACAAUGACUAUACGUUGGUACCACCAAAGCUCGCACAUGACUCGAAAGAAGCAAUGAGGGUGAUGAAACUCGAACUUGAGAACCUCGUGAAUCGAGAGAAGCACAAGCAAGAAGACAAGAUUGAUGUAUCUUCGAACACGUGGGCGUUCCCGACACUACAGUUUACACCUGUCGCGAUGGAUCAUGAUGAGCGGGUCUUAAGAAUGUUUAUCAAGAACUUGCCGCGUGGUUCACAGCUACAGAUUGCCUCAGGUUAUUUGAAUUUUCCGCCGUUUUUAAGAGAGUUGCUGGAGCGCUGUGGUGCUCAACUGGACGUCAUUUCUGCGGCUCCUUGCGCCAACGGAUUUUACAAUGCUCGCGGUGUAAAGGGUGCUUUGCCGAUGGCUUAUUCACUGAUCGAGCAAGACUUUUUCAAACACACUCUUGGUCGCGAAUUUCCAACAGUGCUGCGAGAGUUUAACCGUCCAGGAUGGACUUUUCACGGCAAGGGCAUGUGGUGGAAACCACCAGUGACCAAUGGCCGCAAGGUCACCACAGGCUUUCCUCAGGCCACAAUUGUGGGAAGCUCAAACUUUGGCCAACGAUCCUAUGGCUGUGAUAUGGAAUCAAACCUGGUGUUGUUUACACGUAAUCUAGAGCUUCAGCGCCGCCUGCAAGAUGAGUACGAUGCCCUUACUUGUGACACGGAGGUAGUGACCAAGCAACUUUGGCGACGAUCCGAGCGCAUGCUACACGGCUUGUUUAGCUGGAAGGACGGUCACUGGAUCCGACCCGUAUCCAAGCUUAUCGCUGCGUACCUCUAG